AUGUGCACGCCGUGCAACCGCACGUACCACGGCCGCGAGGGGCACACGUACAAGCUGGACCUGCCGCGGCCCGCCGAGGAACGCCUGCCGUUCCUCUGCCACCUGACGUUCACCGCGGCCGGCCAGGGCUACGGCGAGCUGGUCCAGCUGCUCUGGGACGCGUUCAGCGUCGGCCGCGUCGACGCGAACGCCGACAACUACUUCACCAGCUGCCCCGAGGGCUCGCUUCAGCUCGCCGAGCUCGGCCGUCACUUCACCGGCGGCUCCUGGUGCGGCGUCAGCGAGGGUCGCGCAUCCUAUUAUAGUGAAACCAGUACGGUCACUGCCUCUAUACGGCUGUUCCACGCACCGUCCGCGGUGCCGUUUGAGUUUCGUCUCCGUUACCGCUUCGUCGCGCGCAACGAGGCGGUCGCCCGGCUGGGCAAGCCGGAGCUGCCGAUCGAGCGGGGCUCCCCGGUGCCGGGCACCUACUGCUCCCGCAACUUCUACGAGUGCCACCUGAAGCAGUGCCGGCUGCAGAGCCCGAACUAUCCCGGCGAGUAUCCGCGCAACGCGAGCUGCCUGAUCACCGUGCGGCAGAAGGAGGUGCCCACGUGCAAGCACGCCAUGAUAUCGGUCAAGAGCACCCCCGCCGGCCCGGUUGGUCUCAGCGCCACCGUGAACACGAGCCUCAGCGUCUGGCAGGACUGCUCGCCGGACCGGGACCGGCUGAUCUUCCGCGACGGCGCGCGCACGGAGGACCCGGUGCUCCUGGUGUACUGCGGCGGCCCGCUGCCGCAGGUGACCGCGCGCGGGCCCGCCAUGCAGGUGGAGUUCCGCAGCUCGCCGGUCGCGAUACCGCUCGGCGCGUCGUCGCUGCGACUCGAGCUCGAGCUACGGGUGAUCUACGUCGACUCGGACGGUCUCGACUACGCCAAGGGCACGCAGGGCUGCCACUUCUUCGUCAACGGCACCGGCGUCGGCGGCAAGCGCAGCGGCACGAUACGCGCACCCCUGCACGCGCUACCGCCCGGCUCCAGCUGCACGUGGAACAUCAAGGGCGCGAUCGGCGACCGCGUGUGGAUAUACUUCUCGUCGUACUCGCAGCGCGAUCUCACGACCGGCAACGGCGAGAACGGCAACGCGACCAACGGCCAGGUGACGCCGGACAUCACCGCGGCGUCGGUGUGCGCGGUGAAGCUCAUCUUCUGGGACGGUAUACAGAGCACGGGCCAGCCGAUGGCCACGCUGUGCGACGACACGCCCAAGCUGUGCGCCCACGCGGCCCUUCGUAACAUCACCAGGGCGACGAGGCCGUGCACCGAAGAAGAGAGUUACCUGACGACCACGUCCAGCCUGACGUUGCGCAUGGAAACGGUUCUGGGUACCGCUCUUCAUCCGAUUAACUUCCACGCGCGAUACGAGUUCGUUUCCACCGUGCAGACCGGCGAACCCUGGGGCGACGGUAUCUGCAGCCGAAUAUGGCGCAAGGUGCACGUCGGCGAGGUGAUGUCGCCGCGUGACGUACGUCUGUUCGGCCGGGGUGGUGCCACCAAGUUGGAUUGCAGGUAUCGCGUGGAAGCCGGCAGUGGAGAGCGAGUCCGCUUGACGCUGCACAACGUCAGCCUGGGCGAGUCCACUAUGUGCACGAGUGAUUCGGACCCGCACACCGGUAAGCCGCGUUGCGUGCAAGAGGUGGGCUCCAGGGAUGCGCGCCUGGUUAUUUACGAAGCGCCAUGGCGGGACGUGAGGCUACCCCGGGCGUGUCUGUGCGACAACACGUCGCACCUGCCGCUCACGUACAUCACUUCCGGCCGCGCGCUGGAGAUAACCUUCCUGGUGGACCAGCAGGCGCCCCACGAGGACUUCGAGACGCUCUUCUUCUACGCCAGCUUCGAGCUCCUUCGCGUGCCGGAGUGCCCGCGGAAGCAGCGGAUCCGCGGCGAGGGUGGCGAACUGAGAUUCGUCAAUCCCCCGCUGUCGCGACCGGACAUCUACUGCGAGGGUCUCCCGUGGCUGGUGGAGGCGCACGAGAACCGGUCGCUCUUCGUCCUGACCUGGGGCUGGUUUCUGCCGUUGGAACCACCGCCGGUCCCCGGUCCCGAGACCGACGAUCAAGUCAAGUGCCCGACCACCAAUCGCAUUCUCCUCUACUCCGGCUGGCCGCUGAAGCUGCUGAAGGUGGUGUGCCCGGCGGAACCGGGCGCCCGCGAGUUCACCGUGCACGUGUUCUCCCAGGAAUGGCUCGGCCCGACGGAGGAGGGCAAGUGGCCGGGUCCACCGAGACCGCCCGCGCUACUGCUCGACUUCGUGGCGCGGGAGGCCGGCCAGGCGGCCGCCUCCUGGCUCGAGAUCUCCAAGAGUCGCGCGGCCCUGCGCCGUCAGCUACGUCUUCCGGAGAGGAUCGCCGGCGGUAUGAUCGAGAACGAGACGAACGGCGUGCCGUCGUACAUGGGUGACUGCCCGCACAAGUGCCCGGAGCUGGGCGCGUGCAUCGCCGCCAGUCUCUGGUGCGACGGCCACGCGCACUGCCCGUCCGGUCACGACGAGGCCAACUGCGGGAACGGCGCGCGGCUACUCGGACUGCUCCCGCCCACCAUAUGGCUGGUCGUCGCCGGCGUCGCUGGAAUUGUCACUGCCUUCGCGUGCCUAUUCACUAUUCUUAUUAGCAGAUCCAAAGCUCAUACAAAGAGAUUUCACUACAAGGGGCCGAAGAAGAGCAAGAAGCCGCGACGUGCACCGACCGAGGAGACGCUUCUCGGAGUGGCGUCCUGA